CGCAACAUGGCGGCGGCCGUGGUGCUGCUGCUGCUGCUCCCGCGGGCACGGGGCCCGUGUGAGAGCCGCCGCUGCCCGCAGGUGUCCCUGCAGUACAACCCCGGCUGGAACGGCUCCUCGGUGAACCUGCUCCACGUGCGGGCCGUGGGCGCCGCGGACACCCUGCACUACGUGUGGAGCAGCAUCGGCGGCCCCGCCGUGCUCCUGCUGGCCUCCCGGAGCAGCACCAGCGCCCUGGGCAUCGACUGGACCCGGCUCCUCUCGCCUGCCCCCGCCGGCGCCGUCUGGAUCGAGCCCCCCGGCAGCGUCACCCACGCGGCCGCCGUUGUCUUCACCAAGGUGUUUGAGUACAGCGAGGCUGGAGCCCAGGAGGAGCUUUUCUACCCCACCUACGACCUCUCCGACUUCUCCUGGGCCAGCAUCAAUGGCACCCUGAACCACACAGCGCUGACGGCCGAGUUCUCCGGUGUCCCAGCGGCUGAUCCCGGUGGCAGCUUCUCCAACGGCAGCGUCGCCUUCCGGGUCACAGCCUACGAGGCCGGCGGCCGCGACGAGGCCCUGCCCAGCCUCCUGCACACAGCGAACAGCUCCAAGGUGGAGUUCGUCCUGGCCGGGGUGGCCCCGCGGGGCAACGGCUCCCGCUUCGCGCUGGAGGUGGCGGCGGUGGAGGAGCCGGGGCUGGCGCCGGCGCUGCGGGCGCUGCGCUCCAUCGAUGACGAGUACACCCCGACCGUCUUCGAGGUGCUCUCCCUGGCAGCCCAGGCCCAGAACGAGAGCUCGGCGCGAAGCUUCCUGCAGUGGAAGGCGACCGCCUACGGCUCCCGGCGGCCCCGGCGCGAGGACCGGAUCCGCUGCCGCUCCCAGGGGCUGCGAGCGGCCAACUGGAGCCUGCCCGCGUCCAGCCUCGUCCGGGCCUACUUCGGGGACGGGGCCGGCAGCAGCUACAGCGUCAGCGCCGUCAACAUCUCCUUCGGCGGAGAGGAGGGGAAGGUUUACGAGGAGAAGCGGUUCCUGAGCUGGUCGGCGCUGCUGGGCUUCGGGCAGCCCCCCCAGGACACCUUCUCCCCCCUCGUCAUCUCCAUCAUGGCCGUGGCGCUGGGCACCCCGGUGCUGCUGCUGCUGCUGGGCGGCUGCGCGCUCCUCUGCGCCCGCAGGCGGCGCUACUCCGAGUACGAGCCCAUCAACUGAGUGGGCUGAGCCCCGAGGGACCCCCAGGACCACCCUUGGCUGCUGCAGGGGCUCCUCUGCCCUCCCCUUGGAGCCCUUCCCUUCACCCCACAGCCCAGGCUCGGAGGGGACCCGGGUGCCCGUUGCGGUUUCCCACAUCCUGGCUCCCUCCUUCCCAUUCCUCUUCCUGCCCCAAUCCUCGUCCCAUUGCUCCCCCUCUGCUCCUGCUCCACCCAGCCAAGGGAAGGGACUGGAGGGGGGUGCUGAUUCCCAAGGGAUAAACCCACUGGUGCCGGGUUCGCAGCCCGUGGAGCUGUGCUGGCCCUCGGGAGGGCUCAGGCAGUGGCUUCAGCUCAGUUGGGUCCUGCUCUGCCUCGGCUGCAGCCGGGGCUCGGAGCCGGGAUCUGGGUGCAGGAGGCCACGGACAAGGUGCUCUUUGGGUGCUCGG